UCUUUUGGCUUGGAAUUUCAUAAAAGUAAAACUGAGAGUGUAAACACACCGGCUGAAAACAAGAAAAGCAAGUUUAUAUUCAAUUCAUUGGAAAUGACUGAGCAACUGGUGUUGAAUUUUGACUCAGCCGGCGCUUCAGAAGAGAGUCCAUCAGGGGUGCUGAUAAGAUGCGCUUUCUUCGCGGCUCACAAACACAGUAACCAGCGGAGGAAAAAUGUGGAUUCAACUCCAUACAUCAACCACCCUCUUGGCGUUGCAUUUAUCUUGACAAAUGAGGCUGGUGUGACCGAUCUGAACGUUCUGCAAGCAGCGAUUCUGCACGACACAGUUGAGGACACCGACACCACAUUUGAGGAAGUUGAAAGCCACUUUGGGGCCAAAGUGCGCUCCAUUGUGGCCGAAGUCACUGACGACAAAACGCUGGCCAAGCAGGAAAGGAAGGAGGCGCAAGUGAGAAAUGCUCCAAAGAAAAGCUAUGAAGCGAAACUGGUCAAACUGGCAGACAAAUUGUACAAUUUGAGAGACCUUUCGUCACCCAAUGGACGUCCGCAAGACUGGGACGACGAAAGGGUCAGGGAGUACUACCGAUGGGCUCGAAGGGUAGUUGAAGGGCUGAAGGGCACACACCAGGGAUUGGAGGAUAAAAUUUUCAAACUGUGUGACAAGGGAGAGAAAAUUUAAAGUAAUUUUCAUAAACUUCAUGUUGCAAAACAUUACAACUUUCAAAGUUGCCUAAAAUAAACACUGUUGAUUUAAAAAUCUUUAUAGUAAAUUUUACUCAAAUUUAUGAUUUAUUGGAACUUGAAAUGUGACAAAACACAUAAUUAUGGAUUUUAUUAUAGAAUUCUAAAAAUUAAAUUUUAGUGUUACAUGCUAUGAUGCAUGAGUUUGUCAAAAAUUAAAACUUUUUUCUAAAAUGAGAAAUAAAGUGCACAAA